AUGAUCCUCUGGCUUGAGCUCUCGCAAUAUUGGAAAUAUGUUGAGCAAGACGCUGUUGUGCUCCCGGCUAGCAGGCUUAUCAAGGUUUGCUUAAUCAUCACGGUGAGCGUUCUGAUGAUAUGGAUUGCGAUGUUGAUGAUAACUUCCAUAUAUUACCAUACAGUUCUCGAGAAGGUUCUAGGCUGCCUGAUGGGAUACAUUUGUGUCACCGUCAUGUACUGGCUGAUUCCGCGUUCUCCGUUUUGCAAUAAAUUGUUUUACUGCUGA